AAUAUUGAAGGUGAAGGAGUGAAAUUAAGUAAGGUGCAAUAAAAGAAGGUGCCAGCGUGGGAGUGGGGAUCGUUGAGAAGAUGGGUAGGUCUGUAUGAUUUAUUAUUCUUCCUUACUUUUCCACUGCCCCAUAUUAACUCACCUAUUUCAUUUUCUGCUAUGCUUUUAACUUCCUUCAACAUAUCAGAUCAUCAUUGUAAAAACAAAUGUUUAUCUUUUGACUGUCCAUUUAUAUUAUCCAGAUGGUGCUGCUUCUGCUCUCAAUCAUCAUGAAACUCAUUUAGGGUUGUGUGCUCAGUAUCUGCUGCAACUUGUUAAUAAAUUUUCCUUCACCCACCUCGCAUUUAUGCUUCUCUUUUUCAAACACCCACUGUGUGUUUUUUUGAGUGUGUUAAAGGAAAAGGCUGUUUCAGUAGAGGUCGUUUUCUCUUAUUAAGAGGAGGAGAAGGUCACUGUAGCUUUUCUAGUAAUGGCUGUCUAAGUCUCUUUUUCUCUUUCCUUUUUUCCCCCUCAAAGUUGUUUGUUCUUGCCUUUUCCUUUGGCACUGAAUGAAAUGGACACUGUUACAAGGAAGAGAGAAAAUCCUCCAGUACUCUUUCUUUUGUCUUUCUUCUUUUUUAUGUCCCAAACAACAUCUCAAAGUAACUUGAACUACACAAAGUAUAAACAAGUCAGCAAUUUGAGACUUGAAAGGAUUGAAAGGCAUUUGGAGAAAAUUAACAAGCCUCCUGUCUUGACCUUUGAGAGCCCAGAUGGAGAUAUCAUAGAUUGUGUUCAUAAAAGAAAACAACCAGCUUUGGAUCAUCCUCUUCUCAAGAAUCACAAGAUUCAGAAGGUUCCACCAGAGAUUCCAAAACUGAAAACGGCCGUGAAAACAGACGCCAUGAGUGCUAGAGACGUCGUAAGUAACAGUAGCAAAAGUGAAAAGCCGAUAGAUUGGCAAAUGUGGCACCAGAAUGGGCAGCGCUGCCCCAAAGGGACUGUUCCGAUAAGGCGGAGUAAGGUGCAUGAUGUGCUGAGAGCAAAGUCAUUGUAUGAUUUCGGCAAGAAAAAACGUCAUGGAUUGCCUCUUGCUCGCCGUGUUGAUGCUCCUGAUGUUGUUAGUGGCAAUGGCCAUGAGCAUGCAAUAGCUUACACGGGAAGCUCACAAGAAAUAUAUGGGGCAAAAGCAACAAUAAACGUGUGGGACCCAUCAAUCGAGGUGGUCAACGAAUUUAGUCUAUCUCAGAUUUGGGUUCUCUCUGGAUCUUUUGACGGCGCUGAUCUUAAUAGCAUCGAAGCUGGCUGGCAGGUUAGUCCGGAGCUGUAUGGUGACAGCAGACCUAGAUUAUUUACAUAUUGGACGAGUGAUUCCUACCAAGCAACAGGAUGCUACAACCUACUAUGUUCAGGAUUUGUCCAAACAAAUAGCAGAAUAGCCAUUGGAGCUGCCAUUUCUCCUGUUUCUGCUGUCGAAGGAAGUCAAUAUGAUGUCACUAUACUCAUUUGGAAGGAUCCAAAGCUAGGGAAUUGGUGGAUGGUGUUUGGUGAUAACACGCUAGUGGGCUAUUGGCCAGCUGAGUUAUUUACACACUUAGCAGAUCGGGCCACAAUGGUGGAAUGGGGAGGAGAAGUAGUAAAUUCACGGGCCAAUGGAGAACAUACUUCCACACAAAUGGGCUCUGGCCAUUUUGCUGAUGAUGGGUUUAAAAAAGCAAGCUAUUUCAGAAAUCUUGAAGUUGUGGAUUCUGAUAACAGUCUUAGCUCAGCCCAAGGUAUAUCAAUAUUAGCUGAAAACACAAACUGCUAUAACAUCAAAAGUGAUUACAGUAGUGAAUGGGGUACACAUUUCUAUUAUGGUGGGCCUGGUAGAAAUCCACAGUGCACUUAAUAUGGCCCGGGCCCAAGAGAAAUGCAAAGUGAGUGUCCUUUGAUGAGGCUAAGUCUCUAUAUGUUACUAGCAAUUUGUUCUUUUAUUAUUUUUAGAUCUUUAAAUGGUAAGGGUUUGCUAUUUCCAACUUUGUUUAUGCUAAUUAAUUCCACAUUGUUUUUGUUCUUGUGCCUGUCUAUGUUUUGAGAGAAAAAAAGAACUGUAUGUAUUAGUUAAAUAAGACAAAUAGCAUUAAACAGGCAAGGAAAUAGCAAAUAUUCAGUUGGAACUAAUGGCUACUAGUACAAAAUUUUAUCGUGGUUUUGAAUCUUAUUAAAUGUAUGAAUUUUUGUUUCGUUAAUUAUCAUUUGAUCAGUUGGUCUUUUA